UCGAAAUGCCGCGGGGGUAGGAGAGGAGAGGAGCGGAGGCAGUUGGAUCAGAUCAAAUCGAGGGGAGGGUGCGGAGGGCUAGGGUUUGGGGGUUGAGAGAGAGGGGAUCGGGAGGGAGGCUAGGGUUAGUAUCAACCAUGAUGUCGAGGUCGUACACCAACCUGCUCGACCUCGCGGCGGGGAACUUCGCGGCGCUGGGGCCGGCGGGGGGAGGGAGGAGGCGGUCGGGGUCGUUCGGGGCGAAGCGGAUGACGCGGGUGAUGACGGUGCCCGGGACGCUGUCGGAGCUGGACGACGAGGACGACGAGCCGGCGGCGACGAGCAGCGUGGCGUCCGACGUGCCGUCGUCGGCGGUGUGCGAGCGCCUCAUCGUGGUGGCCAACCAGCUCCCCGUGGUGGCGCGACGCCGGGCGGACGGGCGCGGGUGGACGGUGUCGUGGGACGACGACUCGCUCCUCCUCCGCCUCCGCGACGGCGUCCCCGACGAGAUGGAGGUGCUCUUCAUCGGCACCCUCCGCGCCGACGUGCCCGCCUGCGAGCAGGACGAGGUGUCGCAGACCCUAAUCGACGGGUUCGGGUGCGCCCCCGUGUUCCUCCCCGCGGGGCUCUACGACCGCUUCUACCAGAACUUCUGCAAGAGCUACCUCUGGCCGCUGUUCCACUACAUGCUUCCCUUCGCCUCCGCCUUGCCAACCGCCGCAUCCGGCGAUGGCCGGUUCGACCGCGGCGCAUGGGAGGCGUACGUGCUCGCCAACAAAUAUUUCUUCGAGAAGGUGGUCGAGGUCAUCAACCCGGAGGACGACUACGUUUGGGUCCACGAUUACCACCUCAUGGCGCUGCCUACCUUCCUCCGCCGCCGCUUCAUUCGCCUCCGCAUCGGAUUCUUCCUCCACAGCCCUUUUCCCUCUUCAGAGAUCUACCGCUCCCUACCCAUCCGAGACGAGAUCCUAAGAACACUGCUUAAUUGCGAUCUCAUUGGAUUCCACACAUUCGAUUAUGCGAGACACUUCCUGUCCUGCUGUAGUAGGAUGCUGGGGAUAGAGUACCAAUCAAAGCGAGGAAACAUUGGAUUGGAUUACUUUGGCCGCACUGUUGGGAUCAAGAUUAUGCCAGUUGGUAUCCAUAUGGGUCAAUUGCAAUCAGUGCUGCGAUCGUCUGAGAAAGAACAGAGGGUUACUGAGCUACGGCAGCAAUUUGAGGGCAAGUCCGUGUUUCUUGGGGUGGAUGAUAUGGAUAUCUUCAAAGGAAUCAAUUUAAAACUUCUUGCGUUUGAGAAUAUGCUGAGGAUGCAUCCCAAGUGGCAGGGAAGAGCUGUGUUGGUGCAAAUAGCAAACCCAGCACGAGGGAAGGGAAAGGAUCUGGAGGCCAUCCAGGCUGAGAUUCGAGAGAGUUCUCAGAGAAUUAACAGGGAGUUUGGCCGGUCAGGUUACAGUCCAGUGAUUCUCAUUGACCGGAGUGUGCCAAGUGUGGAGAGGCUUGCAUAUUACACGAUCGCUGAGUGUGUCGUGGUGACAGCUGUGAGGGAUGGGAUGAAUUUGACACCAUAUGAAUACAUUGUCUGCAGGGAGGGGAUACCUGGCUCUGAAUCUGAACCAGAGGUGAGUGGACCAAAGAAGAGCAUGUUAGUUGUGUCGGAGUUUAUUGGUUGCUCACCUUCACUGAGCGGUGCCAUUCGUAUUAACCCGUGGAAUAUUGAGGCAACUGCAGAGGCACUGAAUGAGGCCAUCUCGAUGUCAGAGCGUGAAAAGCAGCUCAGGCAUGAAAAACAUUAUCGUUAUGUCAGCACCCAUGAUGUUGCAUAUUGGUCUAAGAGCUUCGUACAGGACCUGGAGAGGGCUUGCAAGGAUCACUUUAGGAAACCAUGCUGGGGCAUUGGAUUGGGAUUUGGCUUCAGGGUGGUAGCCCUAGACCCACAUUUCACAAAGCUUAAUUUGGAUUCAAUUAUAAUGUCUUAUGAGAGAGCAAAGAGUAGAGCUAUAUUUCUUGACUAUGAUGGUACAUUGGUGCCACAGGCUUCCCUCAACAAGAGUCCAAGCGAAGAAUUAGUGAGGAUUGUUAAUGCCCUAUGCGCAGAUAGGAAUAACACCGUUUUCAUUGUCAGCGGGAGAAGCAAGGAUGACUUGAGCAAAAAGCUUAUCGCAUGUCCAAAACUAGGAAUUGCAGCUGAACAUGGCUACUUCUUAAGGUGGACUAGAGACGAAGAGUGGCAAACCACUGCACAUACCUCAGAUUUUGGAUGGAUGCAAAUGGCGAGGCCAGUGAUGAAUCUUUAUACUGAAGCAACUGAUGGGUCCACCAUUGAGACGAAAGAAACUGCAUUGGUGUGGCACCAUCAGGACGCUGACCAAGGUUUUGGCUCUUCCCAGGCAAAGGAGAUGCUUGAUCACUUGGAAGGUGUAUUAGCAAAUGAACCAGUCUCAGUCAAGAGUGGCCAGUUCAUCGUCGAAGUCAAACCUCAGGGUGUUAGCAAAGGGCUCAUUGCUGAGAAGAUACUCUCAUCAAUGAAGGAGAAAGGGCAACAGGCAGAUUUUGUAUUAUGCAUUGGUGAUGACAGGUCAGAUGAGGAUAUGUUUGAAAAUAUUGCUGAUGUCAUGAAAAGGAGCAUUGUUGCACCGAAAACUCCACUUUUUGCAUGUACCGUGGGCCAGAAGCCAAGCAAAGCUAGGUUCUACCUGGAUGAUACAUUCGAAGUAGUCACCAUGUUGAGUUCACUAGCGGAUGCUUCAGAACCAGACCCUAUAGACUUCGAAGAUGACUUGGCCACAUCAGUCUCAUCCAUAGAUAUUGGUGACAAUCUGAGACAAUUCAGUAAUAUAAGGACAGAAGGAUCUUAGCCUGGUGUUUUCAUUCUAUUUGAACUGCGUGAUGGCAUGUGAAACAAAAUGAAACACCAGAAGGUUAAAUAUGCUACAUGUCAAGAUGUCAAAUUCUUGGAUUCAUGAUUCAUUUUGGUGAAUAUGAUGGGGUUCCUCAGGUGGGUAAGGAGAUUAAAACAUAUAGCUGCAAAUACUCUGAAGUCUGGAAAUGGAUUACAGUUGAGUAGCUCCCAAAUAACCUCAUUCUGCAUUUUGUUACGGCGGCAUUUGGUACCUGUCGCUGCUUUAUGUCCAUAAAUGACCUGCCAUGUUACUUUCCAUUUGAAUUUGUAUCCCAAUGCAUCGGCUUGGCAGAAGUGCAUCGGUGCAAUGUGGGAAAUAUGAGGGUAAUCCUGUGACAGGAUGACUGCAGCUUGUGAUUUCUUGUUUGUUAUCCUGGUUAACAUAAAUCGCCUAGUAGAGAAAACUAGUGAUGUUUUUCGUCUUAAUGUUGUGGCAGUGUGGAGGUUGACAUUUGAUUCAUUGGUUGACAGCCUUAUCUGUAUCAUCCUUAUAUGUAGCUAAUUUAUAUCGAGUUCUUCAGAA